UAGCAAACAGCUUGGCAAUUAAUCCUGGCAAGUUAGUCAUCAGUUUGAUAGCACUGCAUGUCAUCCAAAAGGUAGGGGGAAUUUAUUGUUAGUUUCAGACAAUUAGCAAGGGGCUGGCAGAGCUCACAACUGCCUAAAAGCUCAGUGUUCCAGAACUGCUGAGAUAAAUUACCAAAUCAAUUAAAUCACAUCAGUGGAUGUCUGCAAGCAUAUUUAAAGCUAGCAAACAAGCUACUGAGAAUUAGUGGGAGGAGAAAGACUAGCAGGAGGUUUUUUUGCUGUUGUGUUUGGUGGUGUUUUUCUUAAGCUGUUGGAGUUUGUUCUGUUCUGCCAUUAACAUUAGUUAAAUAUAGCUAAAAGUUGGCGUUGACUUAAAGCAAAAUAAUCUGGUAAAGAGUAAGAACUAAAAUGACUUUCCUUCCAAAGUGGUUAACUUUUCUGAAAGGCAAAGAAGUUGUUAUUGCUAAUGCUAUAAUUGCAAUACUGACAAUUGGUGGGCAGCAGCUUUUCUCUUUUUUCACGUUCAGCUGUCCCUGUCAUGUUGGACAGAACCUUAUUUAUGGGCUGGCUUUCCUAGGAGUUCCUGCACUGAUCCUUCUGAUUGUUGGCUAUGCCCUGAAUAACCAGACUUGGAGGCUGGUUACAGGCAAAAGAUCUCAUUUUGACAAGGUGACUACAUCAAACCAGUUACUGAAAUGCAAACUGAUCUGCUUUGUCCUGUGUAGCAUCACUGGGAGAGCACUGGUUGCUCCAGUAACAUGGCUAGCAGUCACCCUGAUAAAUGGCUCAUAUUAUGUCUGUGCUGUGAGUGAGUAUGUCCCCACGUAUUAUUACGGAGCUAAUCCUAAUGUUACUGCUAGCGAACACAGAAGGAUAUUGGCUACAUUUCCAUGCAGUCAGUUAGUUCCACCAGAGAUGACCCGGGCAAGAGAUGAAGUGAUUCUCCUACUCCGAUACCAGUCACAAGUGGCUGGCUGGCUUCUGAUUGCUGUGGUAGUCAUCACUGUCUUUCUGUCUUACUGCCUGGCAAGCUGUUUCUCCCCGCUCAGCUUUCUACAUUUCAGAUACUGGAGCAGCUAUGUCCACAAUGAGCAGGAGCUCUUUGAUGAGGCGACGGAGCAGCACUCCAGGCUCUACGCCAUGCAGCAUGUAAGGAAGUUUUUUGGCUUUGUCCCAGGAAGUGAAAAUGUAAAGGAAAUUCGCAUCCCAUCUCUCAGAGAGUGGCAAGCCAUUUCUGGACUGGCCUUUCUAAAACAAGUGGAUGAGGAGCACUAUGAUUAUAGUCUCCUCCAUGACUGGGCACUCAAGGAACGUGCAAAUGGAAAAUACUUGAAGACUGAUGAAGACCCUUUAAUAAAAACACAGCUCUGAGGAUCCAAGCCACCACCACCUUGCAGAAAUGCAGGACCCUGUCUAGCUCUGUAUCAGACCUGAGCUGCUCUGGAACUUUCCAAUGCAUUAUUACAUUGAUAUAUAAAGUAUGUGAGCAAGUACAUCUCGUUAAUGUAGUCCUUUAGCACAUGCUUACAGAUGCCUUUACUGAUGGCAUCUGACUCCUGUGGGAUGUGAUCUAUGUCUAGAUUAGGUUGGGCUGUCUCAAGCUGCAGCUCUCUGCUUUCUAAUAGUUAUGCUAAAAUGAUAAAUAAGUACUGGGAAAGUUAUUUGCAGAUGAUUUUUAAAAAAUUUUUUUCUUCCCAUUAAAAAGAUUUUUAAUAGCUAGACUUUGACUGGAUCCUCUGAGUUGGUGCAUUCUGUAUAGAGCAAAAGCAGUGAUUCAGCUUUUUUCUUAGUGAGCCCUAGCAGAAAUUACUUAUGUCUCCUCUUCCACUUUUUUUUUUGUAUUGUAUGAAUAAAUUACACUCAGCCAACUAACUACAAGCUAAGUCUGUGGCUACAGUAGCACAGAAGAAACAUAGAGGAAAUCUUAUUGUCAAAGGCUGAGUAUAGAUACAAUGAUGAGAGA